AUGAAGGGUACAUUCUGUAACUAUAUAUUCUUGUGCUUGGCUGUGUUCUUGGGCACAUUGUCAUUGUUGCCACCUCUGGCAAUGUAUGGCCUCGACUCAACGCCAGACGUGACGUUCGAACCAUUCAUACCGCAGACAGCACCUGAACAAGUGGGCGCCUACGCACCAAACACCAAGUUGGACACAGACAUCAAGUUCAUAGAGGGACCACACGGCGCCGAGACAGUGGCCUUUAGCAAGCAUGGCGACAUGUACUUCUCAAACAAGGCAGGCGAGAUCAGAUACAUCGAGGCCGAGUUGCUAGAUGGCCACAUCAGCAACAACAUGUCGACAUACUCUGGAGUUGCCAAUCGCACCAUUGGCAAGCUGCUGGUCCAGGCUGGCCGCCCCGUCGGCAUGUACAUCGAUGCUGAGGACCGUCUGUUGGUGGCCGACGCCGUCAAGGGACUCCUGCGCGUCGAUCUUGAGACACGGGACGUCAACAUCCUCACAUCUGGCGCCAAUGGUACCAAAUUGAUCUUCCUCGAUGAUGUCAAGACAGGCCCUGACGGCAUGAUCUACAUCUCAGACAGCGCAAGGAUCGGCCCACUCAUGGACAAGAAUGGAGAUUGGAACAUACUCACAUCGGCCACAUUCGCAAUCGCUUCAUCCAAGCCUGAUGGACGACUGCUCUCCUACGACCCACAGACCAAGGAGACCAAAGUCCUAAUGCAAGGCAUUCGUUUCGCCAACGGAGUACUCGUCGAUCCAACUGGAAACAGUGUCUACGUCUGCGAGACAUCGACCUACCGUGUGUGGCGCUAUUGGCUAAAGGGUAUCAAUGCUGGCAAGUCAAUGGUAUUCAUUGAUAACCUACCAGGAUAUCCAGAUGGCAUUAACUUGGGCAGCGAUAAUAGAUUGUACAUCAGUCUUUAUGGUGGCCGCUCCAAGCUUGUGGAUUGGAUCCAUCACUUCCCCUCAGUCAAGCGUCUUUUGCUACGUAUUCCAUUCGUCAAGUUCCCAAUAUAUCCACCAAUGAUUGUCAUUGCUGAUCCAAACUCAGGUGAGAUACUUGACUCGCUACAAGGUACAAGAUCAUCACCACUCAAAUCACUCACAUCUGCCGUGGAACAUGAUGGUAGACUAUACAUUGGAAACCUACAUCUUAACUUUAUUGGAGUGUAUGACUUGAAUGGAAAUAGACAAUGA